AUGAUAAAAAUAUUAACUAAGUAUAUAACCAUUAACGGCAAAAAGUUAAAGGCCGGUGGGGCGGUGGUCUUUUGCUGUGACAAGCUAUUGACGUUGUAUUUUUUGUUUCCAAAAGGUGGCGAGUUGUCCGAAACAGACGUCAUUUCAUCUCUCAACGUUGAUUCACAAUUGCAAUGUUCACAUGAAUGCCUGACAGAACCUGGCUGUAUUUCAUUCAACUACAGAUCUCAGACCACAGCUGACACAAGCCGGCAAGUGAAUUGUCAGUUGAGUAAUAAAACUCGAGAUGAAAUCAUUACUGAGGAUGGACAAUGGAUGUUUUAUCAAGACCUACAAACUGUAAGUUUUGUCUUGACUUAAUUAGGGUUUCUUUUUCAUUUUAACGGCAUGGCAUGACAUUACAUGUUAAUGAAGAAUCUUAAACAACACAUGAGACACAGAGACACUAUAAUACAUUUCUAACUAACGUGCCUUUGAAAUUAUUUUUGUUAAAAAUUACUGCAAUUCCCCAUCGUAUACUACAUUCCUUUUACCAAACCUUGAAACUUAUCGACUCAAUAAAAAGGUUGGUAUUUUGCAUUCAUUCUCCCCCAUUAUAUCACAAACAUUACAUUAAAUAAUAAUAAUAAUAAUAAUAAACGAUACGAAUUUUCGCAAUCAAGAAAAACAAGACCUGUAAAAAGGCUGUAUAUAAAUAAUUAUAAAUUAUAAAGUGACUGAGACCCCGUUCACACGAUACCGGCGUGGCAUUCUGCCUGCAGAAAAUCAUCACGGUUUCAACUGUUCACACGACACCGGCAGAUUAUAUUCCGCUUUGACAAUAUGCUGCACAAAUCAGUUAAGAUAGACAGAAUAAAAUAUCCAACAACAACAGUUUUGUUAAUUCAUUUUGCAUAACCGUAAUGAAAUUCGUACGGUUGGGCGUUCACACGGCACUCUGACGGUAGAAUUUCGUUCCGUUUUCAAACUCUUACGUUUAGCAUAUGGUUUUCAAACCCUUCCGUGACGGUUAGCGUUACGGUUUCACAUUUUUUCAUACCGGCAUCGUGUGAACGCAACCCCCAAACGUAAGAAUUUCGUACCGUUUUCAAACUCUGCCGGUAUCGUGUGAACGGGGGUCUGAGAUGAUGAAAAUUGACAAAAACUGAUCCACAUACGUCUUUAUGAUGGGACAGCUGCAGGUGUUUUCAAAAUUCUAGUCUUUCUUUUUAAUCUACUGCCGAAUAAAUAAUUGUUUUAAUUAACUAAAUUUUAUUUAAACGGACAAAAUACUGUAAAUAAUCUGACUAAAUUUUAUUUUCAUACAAUUUUUCACAGUAGGAAUUCGACUUUCUUUAUUACUUAUUUAUUGCUGCUGCGUUUGUACCGUUGACACACAGCUGGGAGGGUUGGAAUAAUCAAGUAUCAAAUAAAUAGAGGUUAUUACACGGUGCCAAGAAGACAUGAAUGUUAUUUUCAAGUUGUGAAAAACUAAAAACAAUAUUUUACGAACGAGCGCAGCGAGUGAGUCCUGUCAAAUAUUAUUUUUAACACCAGAAAAUAAUAUUCAUAUCUUCGAGCGAAUGAGUGUUUUUCCGGUAAAACACCCAUGUCCAUAUAAUAAUAAUAUAAUUUACAUCACACGUUGACAGCUGCGUUCGAAUGUCUGUGAGUGAUAUUAUUAGGCCACAUAAAAAAAAUAGUUGGCUAGCGUCCCCGCCCGCCCACAAAAAAGGAUCCGCUCAGGAUUUUUUUUUAUUUUUAGUUUAAAAAAAAACACUUUUAUUGAUCAACGGGCUCUAAUAUAUGUAGUAUUUCUGUUGACUGCAGUCAAUUGUGUUAAUAAUUUGCGAAAUUGCGUGCGAAAAUGACGGUAUAAAUCAUAUUUUGAAAUAUAUAAUAUGUACUGCGCAAGAAAAUCAAGUUUCGGAGCUAACAGUGAGUAAAACCUGCAAGGCGUUAAAAAUUAGUAAAACUUUAAAAAAAAAAGCGCGCGCCCGCCCACUUUUUGGCAACAGGUAAGGACGCUAACCAACUAUUUUUUUUAUGUGGCCUUAUGAAUACGUUAUGACUUAUGUACUAAAUUGUUAAUAUUGACCUGCUGGCUGGCCCUCCGAUCACACGGUUCAUUUUGAACUGUUUCUUUGUUUUAGCUCUUAGUCUAUUAACUGUGGUUUUAGUUGAAAAAUGAAAGCUACGUUGGAGAAAAUUCGGAUACUAAUACUAACUCGGCAGGUAUUUCUUAAAUGCAUCUUGAAACAAUGCUACAAUUAUAUCAUUAUACUCGCUCACACGAGAGACUGUUGCAACUGUUUGCACUCUUUGAUCAUUUCUCGACACAUAUAUUCUAUAUUCUUCAGUUGGAGCAAACUGUGCUGAUCUCUUUGAGUCUGGAGUGGGAAAUGAUGGAGUAUAUACAAUAGAUCCAGAUGGCCAGGGAUCAUUUGAAGUCCGAUGUGAAUCUGGAGGUUGGACAGUUAUUCAGAGAAGACUGGAUGGUAGUGUUGAUUUCUUUCUGGACUGGUCUCAAUAUAAAUCUGGAUUUGGCGAUUUUAACGGAGAAUUCUGGUUAGGAUUAGAUAAAAUACACCGCUUGACUAAAUCUGGUCUGAAAAAGUUGAGAAUUGACUUGAUGGAUUUCAAUAACGCUCAGGUUUAUGCACAGUAUACCACUUUUAAAAUAUCUGAUGAAGCCAAUCGAUACACUCUCAAUGUCGCCGGCUAUUCAGGUGAGCUGCCAAAAUUGCAUUACACUUUUUGUUAGACGAUGUUUCCGAAGUAUUGUCGUAGAAUUUCGGUAAAACUUUACGAAUUAAUAGCAGUUGUUGGUCAACUUUAAUCAAUAAUAGACUAUACUAUAGGUAUGAGAAUAUACAAAUCUUAUAAUUUAUCUGUCUUAUCAGGUAAUGCUGGUGACUCUCUGGCCUACCACAAUGGCCACAAGUUUUCAACGAAAGAUAAAGAUAAUACUGGCAAUU